ACUUGUCUUACAACUUAAACACUAAAGGUUAUUUAUCUCUCUUUCCGUCUUCAGCAAGAUAGAACAAAAGAUGGGGAGCUCAUCAGUCCAAUGCAUCUUCUUUGUGUUCAUCAUUCUCAACUUCAUUUCGCUAUCGACUGCUGCUUCAAGUCAUGGAGAAGUUGAGGAUGAACACGAGUUUAACUACAAGAAAAACGACGAUAAGGGGCCAGAGAGAUGGGGCGAAAUUAAACCAGAAUGGGAGAUGUGUGGAAAAGGAGAGAUACAAUCUCCUAUUGAUCUGAUGAACGAGAGAGUUAAGAUUGUUUCUCAUCUUGGACGGCUUAUUAGAGACUAUGAAGCUUCCAAUGCCACUAUCAAGAACAGAGGCCAUGACAUUAUGCUAAAAUUUGAAGCUGGAGCAGGAAGUAUUAAGAUCAAUGGUUUUCAAUACGAACUCCAACAGCUUCACUGGCACUCUCCCUCUGAGCAUACGGUCAAUGGAAGAAGGUUUGCACUAGAGCUGCAUAUGGUUCACGAAGGCAAGAAUGGGAGAAUGGCUGUUGUGACUGUCUUGUACAAGAUCGGAAGAGCUGAUACUUUUAUUAGAUCGUUGGAGAAGGAACUAGAGGCCAUUACUGAUCUGGAUGACGCAGAGAAACAUGUAAGGAUGAUUGAUCCCAAACAAAUUAAGAUCGGAAGCAGAAAAUAUUACAGAUACAUUGGUUCACUUACCACUCCACCUUGUACCCAGAACGUUACUUGGAGUGUCGUUAGAAAGAUUAGGACCGUGACAAGAGAACAAGUGAGACUUCUCCGUGUGGCUGUACACGAUGUAAGUUUUGUUUUCCCCCCCCUCAACAUUUCACACUUAACAAACAAAAGCAAUGUCGUAUUCUUAAAAUAUAUAUAUCAUAUAACAUCGUUAACUUAUGUUCUCACACUGAUCUCAAUUGCAUAUUUCACAAGUCAAGAUAUAAGUCCAUAGUGCGUAUAUAUGAUAAGCUAAGACCAUGACGUUUUGUCUGUCCAAUUUAUUCACCAAUUUCCAUUAUUUUGAUUAAUAUUUAACAGGACUCGCUGACGAAUGCCAGACCGGUUCAACCAAUCAACAAGCGCGUGGUUCGCUUAUACAGACCAAGAGUUUAGUUGAUGAAGAAGACACUUUACAAGUUCUUACCAAUCUUUAAUUCUUCAUAUAUACACAAAAUAAUGGUUUCACUAGUUACUAUACUGUUUUGAUGUGUAUUUGUUUAUCGUCUACGAAAAAUAAUGACAUUAUAUAAUUAA